AAAAUAUACGUAUUACUAUCAAAUAUUUAUAUAAUUAAUUUUUCGGAAACUUAUCUCCGUUAAUUUGGCGGAAACUUAUAUUCGUUUGGACGUCAUUCGGUAUUACGGCAGAUAAGGAAGGUCAAGCCGUCGGCGUUUAUCGAAAAAGUACGGGAAGAUGGGAUUUGGCGAUUAUCCUCCGGAAUAUAACCCGAAAGUGCACGGUCCUUACGAUCCUGCGCGUUAUUAUGGCAAACCCGACAUACCAUUUGGAGAAGUGAAGUUGAACGAAAUGGGAUCAUGGAUUUCACGUCGAAAUAAAUCUCCUCCUGCAAUAAUGGGACUUUUCAGUCGUGCUUUCUGGCGAUGGCAACACAAGUACAUUCAGCCGAAGCGUGGCGGCGUGGCUCCGGCCGUUCAGGGAAUCGUCGGUAUCAUGAUUCUGUUUUUCUGUCUGAAUUAUGGAAAACUACGUCAACACAGACUGUAUAAAUACCACUGGUAAAGUACAUUGAAUAAUUUGUAGCAGAACACUGAGGAGAGAAAUGUAUUAACCCCGUAGACCUUAUUUGUACGAAUAAAAUUAUCAAAAUAGUUGGAACACGAUGAAAAA